CGACAGCAGAACAACUAAUGGCCGUCCUCUUCCCACGUUUUCUAAAUUCCCCUCUCACUUCACUUCUUUCGCUCCGCCUUCACCCAGGUCUAAAAUCUUUGCAUCUUCUGCACCAUCGUCGUCAUCUCCCAUGGACAUCACCUCCAGAAAGUACACGGAUUUCCCAUUCGUCCCUGCCCCACAUAGGAACCUGAUGGCUGAUCUCGUAUCUCCGAUGGAGAAUCGUCUGGAUUCUCAGCUCAAACCAUGCACUCUACCUUCUGAUGUACAGUAUUAUACAAGUGGGAACUUCCAUGGCUCGCUUUAUUUCAGAUCAGGCCAUACCUCUUCUCCGGUUGAUUUCGUACUAGGAAGUUGGAUACACAGUAUGCUGCCAACAGGGGGAGAACUGAACAUAAUAAGACUUUCAGCAUAUAUGGAUACUUCCACAGAUUCCCCAAAUUUUCUGAUCGAGCUCAUACAGAGUAGCCCUACAUCGCUUGUUUUCCUUCUGGAUCUGCCCCCUCGAAAGGACCUAGUCUUAUAUCCCGAGUACCUUAAUACAUUUUACGAGAACACCCGGCUUGAAUCACUUAGGCAAACGAUUGAGAAACUCCCAGAAGUUCAACCUUACUACUCCUCUGCCCUUUACGUUCGAUGUCUUGCAUCCCCAACAACCACCACGAUCCAAAUCAAUACAGAGGGAGCAGGACGCAUGGAGGAGAUUAUAAAGGAUCAUAUACAUCCUGUAGCAAAAGAAGUAUUGGGGAUAUGGUUGGACAGAUGCAUAGGAGGACGUAGAAACGUGGAUGAGGCAGGAAAGGCAUAUUUGGAGAAGAGGGAUAGGGUGAUUAAGACCAAGUGCCUUGAGAUCGUUGAGAGUGACAUAGGUUCACUCUUCCCAAGAUUGUUUGGGCCGGACACAGCAAAUCGUUUAUUAGAGGCGAUAAGGGAAGCAUACGGUGAAUGAGUGCCAAGUCAAUGGAAUUUCACCCUUUCUCUCAGCAUUGGAAAAUAAUUUAAGUACUCGGUCCAGAAAUA